UGAUUGAAUUACAAGUCUCCCCUAAUUGAGUUUAAAAACCGCGCUCUUUAUUUGCCAACAAAGACCGAGAUAGGAGCAAACGAGAUGGCACUACACGUUCAACAUGUCUGACAUAAGGCAACGUAAACACGAUCAGAAACGGGGAUCUUCUGUAGAAGAUGUUAUUGAUCCUCCUCCAGUAAAUAUGAAGCCACAUGCUGUCCCAGUUGUCCUCGCCAACAAUGAUCACACCUUCUCUCUGGACGAAGAAGCCCUGAGAAAGGUGCUCCUAAGGGAUGAAGUCAAGGACAGGUACGUCGUUGUCAUUUCAGUGGCGGGGGCUUUCCGUCACGGCAAAUCAUUCCUGCUCGACUUCUUCCUGAGGUACUUGAACUCAAAGUACGUACUUAAGCAAAACACGUCAGAGUGGCUGGGCAGCGAUGACGCCCCCUUGGAGGGCUUCUCCUGGAAGGGGGGCUCAGAGCGGGACACCACUGGGAUCCUCAUGUGGUCUGAUGUUUUUCUAACCGAGUUGCUCACAGGAGAAAAGGUUGCUGUAGUUCUGUUAGAUACACAAGGAACUUGGGAUAGUAAAAGCACUGUCCGGGAAUGUGCCACAAUUUUCGCAUUAAGUACAAUGCUGAGCUCAGUUCAAAUCUAUAAUCUAUCAAGUAAUAUCCAGGAGGAUGAUUUGCAACAUUUGCAGCUAUUUACAGAAUAUGGGCGAUUAGCUUUAGCAGACUCAGGGAAAACACCAUUCCAAAGACUACAGUUUCUCGUGAGAGAUUGGCGGUUUCCCUACGAGGCUCCCUAUGGGGCUGUCGGUGGUCAACAAAUACUUAAGAAGAGGUUGGAAGUUAACGAAAACUCUCAUCCAGAGCUUGAAUCUCUCAGGAAACACAUCAAGUCACUAUUUACUGAAAUUGCAUGCUUUUUAAUGCCUCAUCCCGGCAUUAAGGUAGCUACAAGUCCCACAUUUGACGGCAGGCUAGGAGAAAUUGAUCCCGAGUUCAAGGAGAAUCUGAAAAUCCUGGUGCCAAUGCUUCUGGCGCCGGAAAACUUGGUGUUGAAACGGAUCAACGGCCAGAAAGUCAAAGCCAGGGAUUUGAUCCAAUAUUUCAAGUCAUACAUGGCCAUUUACAAGGGAAAUGAGUUGCCAGAACCAAAGUCUAUGCUUGUUGCCACUGCGGAGGCCAAUAAUUUGUCGGCCGUUGCCGAUGCAAAAGAGACCUAUGUUACCUUGAUGGAAGAGGUUUGUGGCGGAAACAAACCUUACUUGAAUACGGCGACGAUGGAAUCGGAACAUCGCAAAGUCAAAGAUAAGGCGAUCCACCAGUUUCAAAGCAAACGGAAGAUGGGAGGGGAUGAGUUUAGUGAAAAGUACAAAGAACAGCUUGAAAAAGAUUUGGAGGAAACUUUCGCUCAGUUCAAAGCACAUAAUGAAAGUAAAAAUAUCUUUAAAGCUGCGCGAACUCCUGCCGUGUUCUUCGCUUUAGCCGUGUUUUGUUACAUCUCGUCCGGACUUUUUGCACUGUUUGGUGCUUACACAAUCGCCAAUAUCUUCAAUACUAUGAUGGCUGUCUCGUUUCUCACUUUGGCCAUGUGGGCCUACGUCAGGUAUAGUGGAGAGUUCCGAGAGAUUGGCUUACAUAUCGACGAAAUGGCCAACCUAAUAUGGGAAAACCAUGCCUAUUUUAGAAAGAGAAAAGAAAGAAAACUCUAUGAAACCCGUCGUACAAGCUUACGUCGAGAACGGUAUGCAGCAAAUGGCUGCCGAAGUAGCUGAAAGAACUGUCCUAAAUGCAACUAAUAUCACAACCAACGGCAAGAAACAGGCGUGAUAACAUUCCCCCGUCUGUUACAAUAGCACCCUAAAAGCAUCGUUACAUAUUAACGCGUUAAUCGUCACGUGAUUUGGAUUGUUGUGGAUUUUGUCUUGCCAUAUAUUGUGGAACAUAGUAUGUAACUUUGCUGAUUAUGUGAUAUCUUGGCAAUGUUGGUAUUAUUGUAAUUUAUUUGUACAUAACGCUUCUAAAAAUAAUACAAUUUUAUCUAUUACGUAACCAUUUUAUUGUACACUGUUAUGUAAAGUUUGCAAAAUUUAUUACAUGUUCCAUUGGUCAAUCAGUUUCUCCGUUUAACUAGAGUAGUAAUCGUGAACAGUACUGACAUUGCAAUAUAAUUCACCACCCAAGUGCCUUUUAUUAACCCAAUAAUUGUUUUUACUGUUUGUCUUGUGAUUUCGUAUUGUGGUGUCCAAGUCUCCAGUACACUAAUGAUAAAAACGCAUUUUUAUUGUUACUAGUGAAUAGAUAAGACAAACUGAAUUGAAUGUUACUAUUUCCAAAUCAAAUUUUAUAACAAUAAAUAUUAUUUUUUUUAGACUGUUACGAACCAUGUUAUAAUUUAUUCAGCUAGAUAUGAACAAUUUUUUUAGCUAACUGCUCAAUUUAUUUUUAUUUUUUAUUGUAGUUUAAUUGAACUGUAUUUGGUUUCGGUUAUGAAUAAAUUUAUUAUUUUUA